CAGGACACGGCAGCAAUGGACGCGGGCCAAGGAGACAGCAUCGUUCUCGAGGAAGAGAUCGAUCCCAACUAUGAGCCGACGGAAGAUGAGGUCCUCGAGUACGCCAAGUGGCUCGGCAUGGACCUCGAGGCCGAGCGGGACCUCUUUUGGAUUGCCCGGGAAGGGCUCAAGGCCCCGCUGCCCGAGAACUGGAAGCCGUGCAAGACGACGGAUACGGGCGAAAUUUACUACUUCAACUUUGCCUCGGGCGCCAGCACGUGGGACCAUCCGUGCGACGAGUACUAUCGCAAGCUCUACGACGACCACAAGAAGAAAUCGAUUCACGGCAAAAAGGACUCGGAUUCCAAGAAGAAGAAGGAAAAAGACGAUGUCGAUGAGAUUUUGGGCAAAAAAAGCAAGAAAAAGAAAGCACCGCCCAAGACCGACGGGCUCUCAGCCGUCAAGACGAGCCUCGACAAAAAGCCCCUUGGCGGGCUUCCCAGCAAGUUGGGCCCUACGUCCGGCGGGUUAGGCCCGCUGGGGGGGCUCAAGCCCGUGGGGGGGCUCGGCCGCCCGGGACCCAAGGCGUUAGCGCGCGCCGAGAGCGACGAUGAAAAGGAAAACGACGACGACGACGAAGAGGAAGCCAAAGUCGAAAUCAAAGCGAUUGGGCGGAAGCCGCUUCUCGGGGUGCCCAAAGCCGGUGCCAAGGAAGAGCUCGAUAAGAAAUCUGCGUCACUGGAGAAGGAGCUCGCAGACCUCGAGUCGGCGCACGCCGAAAAGAUCGCGGCGCUCGAGGCCAAAGUGGCGGCCCAAGAAGACACGCUGCGCGACACCAUCGCCACCAACGAGAAAAAAUUGUCCAAAAUCCAAGCCUCGCACGACGACGAGGUCGCGAGCAUGAAGGAGCUCGAGAAGAAGCUCUCGAAGCGCCGAAAAGACAUGGAGACCGAGAACCGCAAGCAGCUCGACGAGCUCGAAGAGGCGUUUGUCGACAAGAAGCGCGAGCUGCGCCAGCACCAGGACAAGGACACCAAGGGAAUUGAAGAGAAGCACCGCCAGCGCAUCGACGAGCUCUUGGCCAAGCACGAACAUGCGCUGGAAGAGAUGCGGCGCAAGCAAGAAAUGGAAACCGAGCACCGUGAGAAGGUCGAAGCCGAGACCUCGAGCCGCCUCCAAGAUGAAGUGGACGGACUCAAAGCCGAGGUGGCCAAGCUCAAGAGCAAGCUGCAGCAAGCCGACGACGAGGAGACUGAACGCAACACCAAGCUCACGGAGGCUCGGGCCACAAUCGAGAGGUUGGAAGCGCGAGUCCAGGACCUUGAAGCGUCGAGCACAACGCCCGAUGAUGGUACAGCGCGAGAGUCGGCAGUCGCGGCCGAAGCACAAAAGUGGGCCGCCAAGCUCGAGGCAGAGACGACGGCGCUAGAAGCAAAGUGGCGCGCCAACAUGGUAGAGGUGACGACGAAGCUCGACGCUGUUACAGCCGAGCGGGAUGCAGCGGUGACGGCAGCGUCCGACGCAAACACAGUCUGGCAGCGCAAACUGCAAGAAGCUACUGCAGCAUCGUCCGAGUCAGUGAUGCGCGAGACCGCGCCAGACACAAGCGUCCUCGACGCGCUGCAAGCCAAAUAUGAAGCGCUUCAAUCCAAACUUGACGCGCUUCAAUCCGAACAUGACGCGCUUCAAUCCGAACAUGACGCGCUCGAUACCGCCCACGCAGCCCUGCAAGCCAAAUAUGACGCGCUUCAUUCGACCCACGAAGCGCUUCAAAGCGAUCUCCGUGGCGAAGUGGAGAGCGCUACUGCCAAAGCUGCCGAGUGGCAGGCAAAAUGCGAAGCGGCGACGCGCGACCAAGCCGACUGGCAGGCAAAAUACGAAGCGGCGUGCAACGCGGCACCAGUAGUUACCACAGGCGACAGUGACGCAACGGCGUGGACUGCCAAGACCGAGGCGCUUCAAUCGGCCGCCAAGGCCAGAGAGGCGACCUUACAAGCCGAGAUAGCCGACCUGCGAGAGGCCAAAGCUGCCGACGACGACGCCAUGUCGGCGUUGACAGCCGCCAAAGACGCGCUACAAACCAAGUUCGAUGCACUCGUGACGUCCCAUGCUGCCACGACACUAGCGCUCGACGACCUCCAGGUUGCGCGUCUAGCGAGCGACACUCAGUCCGCGUCAGUGCAAUCAGACGAAAUCGACCGAUGGAAGCGCCAGUGUACAUCGCUCGAGACCCAAUUGGCCGAGUCGGCGACCGAGCACGAAGCUGCGAUUGAAACACUUCAAAAGAGCCAACGCCAGCUGCAGGACAACCUAGCGGCCGCCGAGAACGACUAUCGCGCCGAGACAAGUGCGCUCAACACCCGCUUCCACGAAGAAAAGAAGCACCUCGAAGCGCAGUUGGCCCAGGUGCAGUCGCAGUGGACGUCGCUUCAGAGCCAAGAGUCGUCGACGUCAAGUGUUCUCUCGGCGCUGCAAAAUCAACUUCGCCAGGCGCUCGACGAAAAGGCGGCAGUACACCUGUCGAUGGACGAACAGCUCGAGGCGACGCGCAAGACAGCAGCGGUGUACGAGACCACGAUUUCAAGCUUGAAGCGCGACGCAUCGGACGUCCAGACAACCCAUGCAGCUGCGCUCCAGGCCGCGCUCUCCGAGACGCACAAAGUUGAAGCCGCCAAGCGGGCCUUGGACGAUCAAAAGGCGGCACUCGAGCGCAAGCUCAAGCAGAAAGACGCCGAGAUCGCCGCGCUCACGGCGCAGCUGCAGGCAGAGCCCUCAAGCAGCCCGUCCGCGACGGUGCCGGCGUGGGAGCUCGAGAAGUGGACGACGCAGGCCAAGGCGCUCGAAGCAGAAAAGACCGAAGUACAAGCACGCUACGAGACCGCCAUGCACGAGCUCGACGCGCUUGGUGACCAACACCACCGCCUUCAGCUGGAAAAAGACCAAGCGGAAAAGAAGGGCCGGCAGCUCGAGGCCGAUCGGGACGCGGCGCAGCUCAAACUCAAAAGCGUCCAAGCCGAAUGCGAUACACUCACCUCCAAACUGCGCAGUGUCUCGGCCGAAGUCGCGGACGCGAAGAGCGCAGCCAACAAACUCAAAAUGACAACCCAGUCGCUCGAGGCACAGCUCCAAAAGCAAGCCGACGAGGCAUCGUCGUGGGAAGCCAGAGCAAGCAAGCACCGCGACGCGGCGGAAGCGCUCGAGCUCCAACUGCGUUCGCUCAAGCUUCAGAUGGACGAAAGCAGCUUUCAGCUGUCGAUGGAGCAGCAAGAAAAGACAUUGCUUCAGCAAGAAGUCGAUGCGCUCAAAGCCAAAGCGAUGGCCGCCGUCCCAACCGACAAGAGCUCGUCCGAGAAGGCGAAUAGCUCGGCGUGGAAGGAACAGGUCGACACGCUACUUCUCGAAAAGCAGCAAGCGGUCGAGAAGCUCCGUUUGAUGACCCAAAAGCUCCAGGACGUUGAGAGCAAGAGCAAAACCUCCAUCGAGUCCCUGGAGCGAUCUAUGGCGUCGAUAACCACGGAGAAGCAGGCCAUCCAGGAGCGCUGCGAGAAGGUCGCCAAGCAACUGCAGCAAGCCGAAGGUGCGGUGCGCCGUCUCGAGCAAGAGCGAGACGAGAUCGAUGACAACUACAAGCGCACGAGCCAAGACAAGGUCGACGUCGAGAGCAAGGUGCGGUCGCUUGUCGAGUCGCAACGAUCGCUCGAAACGCAGCUGCGGGAGGCAACCCACCAUGUCGAGUCGCUUGAAGAUGAGAAACGCCAGUUGCAGUACAGCGCGAGUGCAUUCGAGAGCCGGCUCAAACGCUACGAAACCGAUAUUGACCGGCUCAAGACCGAGUUGGCUACGACAACAACCGCCAAAGAGACUGCCGAGACCAAGUUGCGCUCUGAGACUGCAUCGCUCGAGGCAAAGCUCAAGGCGAUUCGCCAAGAGCUAGCCGACUCGCUUCAGCGACGCUCCAACGACGACGAGUCGCAGCGAGAUCAGCUGACGUCGCAACACAAACGCGAGCUCGACGACCUCAAAAAAGAGCUGUUGGCCAAGGUUGCGACCGCCGAGGCCGACACCGAGACGCUGCGUCAGAGUGUGCACGACCGCGCCAAGGAGCUGCAGCUCAAAUCCAAGGAGCUUGAGACUAUCUCGCUGCAGCGGCAAAAGCUCGAGGUUUUGUCUGCUUCGGUUCAAGAGCAGGCACGACAAGAGAAGGUGCAAGCCGCCACCGAUCUGGAGGCGCUCAAAGCGCGGUUGAAAGCCGUACAAACCGAGAAAGACGAACUGUUUCUUCUCGCGUCGGCGUCGACUCCGGUGGCGCCGACGAUGUCGUCGUCGACGACGGCGAGCAACCACGAGCUGCACUCGGUCAAGUUGCAAAUGGCCCACGUCAACCAAAACGAGCUCGAGACGCACCUCAAAGAGGUCACGUCGCAGCUCGAUACGUGGCGGCGCAAAGCCAGCAUGCUAGAUCUGCGCUGCCGCGACUUGGCGCUGGAAAUCGAAGGCCUCCAUGUGGAGAACGCGACGCUGCGGUCGGCGGCGCAGCGACUGCACACGAACGCGCUCGAGUCGCUCUCGAGCCUCGAGCGUCUCAACUACGAGCACAAGAAGCGGCUGUUGCGCUCCGAGUACAUGGGCCAGCUGCGCGACUUUUCCGAUCGAGAGGAGCUCGCUUUGGCGCGGCAGAAAGCGCGCGUCCGCGCGAGCUGCGAGCGGCAGCUGGAAGAGGUCGUGCUGGCGUUUCAGCACCAAACCACGCAGCGCCUCGAACACGAAGAAACCGAGUUCCAAGCCGCACUGCGCCACUGCCAACACGAUCAUGAGCUCCAGCUCCAGCGGGCUCUCAAAGGCUUCCACGACAAACUUGCGGCCUACCAGCGCGAGCUCCAAGACAAGCAAACCGUACAGAUGCACGCCAUGGCCAAGCAAUUGCACGAGGAGGAAGCCCAUUUGGCAGCACGGCUUCGGGAUACCCACCAGCUCAACCGCGAAGACGCGCUCUCCAAAGUCCAGAAUCUACAACCUGGCGAGCUCCCCGAGCUCGUGCUCGACAAGCCGCAACCACUGCAACAACCAGCACCAUCGUCGCCGUACCGAUCCCCCAACCCGGCGUGGGAGGCCCAUUCACGACCAGCAGCCAAGCAAAAGGUCCGUCGACGCAACGCGGAAAGUCGCCACCGACGCGUUCAAUGGCAGCGCAAGAUUGAGAAGGAAGUCGCACUCCUUGAGAAGGCCAAGCACUUUGUUGCAAAACAGAAGAAAGCGCUGAAAACCCGCAUGGCCAAGCUUCAGUGCGAGAAAGACUGGUGGCGCCACGAGACGUCCAUAUCGCCGAAAGACCCGAGCUGGGUCUCAGAGAUGCGGCAGCUUCUCGAGCUUCACGCUGAGCAACUGGCCAAUGACGCACGGGACCUCAAGGCGACGGAGAAGUGGGUAGCCAAACGCGCGAGCAAGAUCCACGCGUUGGAGCGCGCGUGUGACCACGUGGACGAGGACCACGACGAUGACGAUGACGUGUCGACAAACGAGUCGGUCGACGCGACACUCGAGCGGCUUCACGAUGAGUUGCUUCAGGACGGCGCCGCCAUGUCGCACAAGCUGCGCCCCCGUGACCGCGAGAACAUUGCGUGGCCGUCGGAUGUGCCCCCCGUGCACCGCCCGCAGUACGACUAUCGAAGCUACGAGCAACCCGCGUACGCGAGAACGUACUCGGCACCCAUGCAGCAGCUUCACCCGUCCGAGAUGGCAGCCCAAAACCGCUACUACUACCAUCGCCAGCCCGACGAGCGGCACUAUGGUGCGCUUGCGACACCCUCGUACAAGUCGCACAUUGGGGGCAGCAAGGUCACCGACUGGGCGGCCAAGCGUGAAAUGGCCAGCGCCGCGGCCAGUGCCCAUGGAUCGUAUCUGGGCCAGCUCGCCAAGGAGCUGCAGGCGUACACGCGGCAGGCAGAGCCGGCAUUGCGGCUCUCGGAUGGAGAAGUCGACUUGGCCUAG